ACACAUGCGCGGGUGUGUUAGCGAGCUCCGGCAGACGCGGGCACAUGCGGACGCGCCUGUUUUACGCGUAUUACGGUAGACUAAAUUGCCCCGAACAUAUCGCCAACACUAGACACAAGCCGAGUAAUUCAACACUGAUUUCUCUGCGAAUGAGCAAGGGACAGACGAGAUGCGCAAAAGUCGAGCUUGGACGCGUUAGCGGGACUUCAGACAAGGUUGCGCUGUGAGCGGCGGAAAGGAGGACAGAGCCGGAGACGCUGCGGAGACGCCACGGAGACGCGCGACGCGUUACGCGUUCCUCUUUCUUCAUGAACUUUCAGGAGCGGUGACCAUGCAGCCUCUGAGCUAGUACGCCGGUAUUGUUCCGACUUAUCACCCAGCUCAGUGAUUAGUUUGAGAGAGGAAGCUAAUAAAAGCAAAAAAAAAAAAAAAAAAAAAAAAAAAAAAAAAAAAAAAAAAAAAAAAAAAAAGGACUAAUAAAGACAAUUGCCUUUGAAAGUGAUGGUCCUGAGAUAUCGAUCUUAGAUCCAGUUUUUUUCUCCCUUUUUCUUCUGCGUUGCUUUUCUCAACGUUUUUGGAACCGCUGGGACAUUUCGCCAAACCUGGAAGCGAGAUUUCCACAUGGUCCAGCCCGUAGCGUGAAAGUUGACUUCUUCAGAAAAUUCGAACAGGUGCCACGUGAUGAUGGUGGAAUCAGCAACUGAGACCAUUCGAACGGCGUCCUCCAAUCAGAAUGGAGUCAGCAGUUUGAGUAGCCAGUCGGACGGCGGGGGAAGAGAAGGCGGGUCCAACGGUGACGCCAACGGGGAGAUCAGCCCUGUGGAUUUACUGCAUCUCCAGCAGCAGCAGGCUCUUCAGGCUGCACGCCAGUUCCUACUGCAGCAGGCCACCGGACUGAGUUCCCCCAGCAACGAGGUCAAACAGAGCCCAGUACAGGUGCCCGUGUCCAUGGCGAUGAUGACCCCUCAGAUGAUCACUCCCCAACAAAUGCAACAGAUCCUGUCACCGCCCCAGCUGCAGGCUCUGCUGCAGCAACAACAGGCCAUCAUGCUGCAACAGCUGCAGGAGUACUAUAAGAAACAGCAGGAGCAACUGCACCUCCAGCUUCUCAGCCAGCAGCAGCAAGCAGGGAAGCAGACCAAAGAGCAGCCGUUGGGCAGUAAGCAGUUGGCUUUCCAGCAGCAGUUGAUCCAAAUGCAGCAACUACAACAGCAGCAUAUCCUCAAUCUGCAGAGGCAGGGCUUGGUCAGCCUGCCACCCGGCCAGGGAGCAGUACCCAUCCAGAGCCUGCAGCAAGCCAUGUGUCCGACGGACUUGCAACAGCUGUGGAAGGAGGUGGCAGGUGUUCAGAGCGCCGACGACACCCCCAAGCAUGAGGGACUCGACCUGAGCACCAACAGCUCCAACUCUACCUCAUACUCGGGCUCCAAGGCCUCACCUCAGAUCCCCCACCACGCUCUGCCCAACGGCCAGAACUCCGCCCACACCCCCAAGCGGGACAGAGCCAGACUCUUUGAGUGGAUUUCAUCCUUCACCAAGGGGGAGUCCAGUGACGAGCAUCUCACGCCUUACUGCAAAGGCACUCCUCUACAGAGCACCCACUCCGCCCACGAGGAGCACACUGCCUCCCACCCGCUGUACGGCCACGGAGAGUGUAAGUGGCCUGGAUGUGAAGCGCUCUGUGAAGACAUGGGCCAGUUCAUCAAACAUCUCAACAAUGAGCAUGCCCUGGAUGACCGCAGUACAGCCCAGUGUAGGGUGCAGAUGCAAGUCGUCCAGCAGCUGGAGAUACAGUUGGCCAAGGAGAGCGAGCGUCUGCAGGCUAUGAUGACCCACCUGCACAUGCGUCCAUCAGAGCCAAAGCCUUUCAAUCAACCCCUGAACCUGGCCUCCGGUGGGUCCCUGUUGAAGCGGGACGGUGAAGGUUUCCCUGAAAGUUUACCCCACCCUCCCACCUCAGCUACUGCCCCCAUCACACCCCUGAGGCAGGGUCCCUCUGUCAUCAGCUCUUCCAGCCUACACGGCGUGGGGCCCAUCCGCCGACGCAACUCCGACAAAUACUGCACCCCCAUCGCAUCGGAGCUCGCACAGAAUUGUGAAUUCUACAAAAAUGCUGAUGUCAGACCCCCAUUUACAUAUGCCUCACUUAUACGGCAUGCCAUUCUGGAAUCCCCCGAUCGACAGUUGACUCUCAACGAGAUCUACAACUGGUUUACGCGAAUGUUUGCCUAUUUCAGGAGAAAUACGGCAACAUGGAAGAAUGCUGUGCGUCACAACCUAAGCCUCCACAAGUGCUUCGUGCGGGUGGAGAAUGUCAAGGGCGCCGUGUGGACCGUGGAUGAAGUGGAAUACCAAAAGAGGAGACCACCAAAGAUGACGGGAAGUCCCACUCUGGUGAAGAACAUGAUUUCUGGACUGGGCUUUGGCUCACUAAAUGCCAGCUACCAGGCAGCGCUGGCUGAGAGCAGUCUAAGCCUCCUGAAUAGCCCCACCCUGGUGAACAACAGCUCUGGUGGUCUGAACAUGCUCCACGUGGGCCAUGACGACGUGAGCAGCACCGUGGAGCAGGUGAACAGUAACGGCAGCUGCAGCCCUGGACUGUCGCCCCAGCAAUACGGGCACCAGGUGCACGUGAAGGAGGAGCCCACUGAGAUCGAGGAGGACAGCAGGCCCAUGUCCCUCAUGGCAUCUGUCACUCAGAACCUGAGCAUUCCUGGUGACGAGCGCGACAUGGAGGAGGAGCUGCCCACCGAGGAGCUGGAGUAAAAGAAGCCGGGUGGGCGGGGCCAGCAGUCCCCGCCCCUGCUUCCUGUGUGAGGUGGGGGCGGGGCCAGCAGUCCCCGCCCCUCCUUCCUGUGUGAGGUGCAAAGUUGGUAGUGACUACAGACAAGCACGAAAAAAAAAAAAAAAA